AUGAGUUGUUAUGGAUUCACUCAUGAACACAUUGCUCGCUUCGUUGGUCACUCCAUCACGCUGAAUUUAACCACACAUAAAACAAUACAAGGAUACUUGUACACGAUUGACCCCAACACCCACACUAUUGUACUCUAUGACGCACCUGAAAACAAAAUGCAAGUGAUCAUGAAGCAUGCCGUUUCUGAACUUUCAAUUGAUGAAGAGAAUAGAAUCGAUAUCGAUACCCUAAUAACUCCUCGCGUGAAUCAGUUGUGUACGAAAGAGUGGAUCAAAAAAAGACGUGUUGCAUUGAUUGAAUUCUUUAAACAGAAUCAUAUACCCAUGGAGGAAGGCGCAAAUGAAAAAAAGAAGGAUACAAAGAAUGAUAACGACCAUCAUGAGAAUGAUCACCAUUUGAAUGAGAGUGAUGGUGAUGACGCUGCCGAACCCGUGAUUCACGUCUUGGGAUGUGCACGUGUUGAAUCUCCUUACUUGGCCACGAAUGUCAUAUGUGAUAAUCCCUUGAUACGUAAACGCGUGCGUGAUUUUAUAUUGGAAUUGCCCAACAUUUGA